AUGAGUGAAAUGCCUUCAUUUAUAAAAACUAGUAAAUGUAACCACAAUUUUUGUUCUGUACCUGUGUUAAAAGUCACAUCUACACAGCUUUCAUUAAAUGUGUACGAUGGUCGAAUAAAUAUAGCAAAUGAUCUGCAAGAAUAUAUAAAGGACUCUGAAGAAAAUUGCUCUUUCUGUGGAAAUAAAAGAAGUAUAACAGUGGAAUCUACAACACAUAUAAUUAUCGAAUUGAACUCGAUUCCUUCAGAUCUAGAAGCAUCAACUAGCACGGGAAAUAUUGAGAGUGUUCCACUUCAUUUAAUAAAACAAAACUACGCACGUCCAAUUACAUCUAAAUUAGAUGAUUUGGAAAAAUUUGUAAAAGUUGGAGAUAAAAUAUUCAAAUUAAGAGGAGUAGUAAGUUUUUAUGGUGGAGACAGGAGAGGAUUGCGAAAUGCCAUGGGACACUAUACAGCAUCUGCUUUCAGAGAAAACUGUAAAUGGGAAACAUAUGAUGACACAAAAAUCAAAGUCCAAAACACACGCUUAUCGAGUGAAAAUGAUGUAGAAUUAUUGUUUUUUACGGUUUAAUUAUCAUUACUUUUACAGUUGUAUUUAAUUUACAGAUUGGUUUUUUUUUGAUUUAUUAGUUUAUUUAAAAGGUUUUUAAAAGCAGAGAAGCAUAUGUAAAAUUUAAUUCAAGUUUAUAA